AUGCAUGAAAUCAUCACCCUCCAGCUGGGUCAGCUGAGCAACUAUGCAGCAACCCAUUUCUGGAACACUCAGGAAUCCUACUUCACCUACUCGGCCCAGGACGAGUCACCAGUGAACCAUAAUGUUCACUGGCGCCCUGGCGUGGCCCUCGAUGGCUCCGAGACAUUCCUCCCACGUACCGUUGUGUACGACCUCAAGGGUGGUUUCGGGUCGCUUCGCAAGAUUAAUGCCUUGUAUGACGCAAGCCAGGAAGGGGCACCUGCUCAUUUGUGGGAAGGAUCCCCUCAAGUCCACAGGCAGCCACAGGUUGAAACGACUGCCUACCAGCAGAGCCUCGACUCUGGCACCACGGCACCCAAGCUCAAGCCGUCUGACGUCCGGUACUGGUCCGAUUUCUGCCGAGUUUUUUACCACCCAAAAUCUCUCAACCAGCUAUACGACUAUGAGCUCAACUCGUCCAUUAGGCCGUUUGACAAGUGGGCGUUGGGAAGAGAGCUUUUUGACAACUUGGACAAGGAGCAUGACAUUGUUGACCGUGACUUCCGCCCAUUUGUCGAGGAGGCCGACCAGAUGCAGGGUCUUCAAAUCGUGACGACUAUCGACGAUGCCUGGGGAGGCUUCGCAACCGAAUACGUCGAGCGUCUACGAGACGAGUACGGCAAGGUCACUAUUUGGGUCUGGGGCCUGCAGACUCCUAUGCCUGCGGCAAGGAUUGAUCAGAAACGCCUCCAGAUGACCAACACAGCAAGAACGAUCAAGGACUUGAGCGAAUACGCCUCCAUGUUAGUCCCCAUGGCCCUCCCGCAGACCCGGCUGCGCUCCAACAUCCACAUGGACCUGCAGUCCCCUUGGCAUACCAGUGCUUUGCUAGACACCGCCAUGGAAACCGCAGGCCUUCCUUCUCGGCUUAACUCUAGCAGCACUGGUAGUGGCUUGCAAGCAACACUGAGCGACCUAGUUAGUGGCCUGAACCUGCGCGGACGGCAAACCUUGAGUCGUCUGCAGAUGAGCAUUGUGGGCCCCUCUUCGGAAUUAGCCACAGGAGCCCAUGCACCAAAGAAAUCUCUUGACAACAAGGAGAAAGAGGAUGCCAAGCUGGACAUUGACUUGUUUGAUAUCAUGCGAGCGAUGCCAUCGACAGGGAGGCGGAACAUAAACAGUGGUGGCGACAGUCCUCACCUCUUUGGUCAAAUGAUAACUAGCCGUGGUACGCCGCAAGUGUUGGAUGACGGGGACCAAGGCGGACAACGGGCAAGAGCCGAGCUCGUGGAGACCAGUGUUCAAAGAUACCACACGGAUAGGGGAUUCCCCAUGCUCGACAGCUUCCCUGAAAUUUACCUUGAUAGCAGUGGCGAGCCCUCUGGCGAGCCUUUCGGUGUCAAAACUAGCCUUUCCACGGAUACGUCUGUAUCGGUAGCCUUGAAAGCUUUGCGUACCGCCAUUUCAUCUUCCAUUGGCGUCGAGGAUCGAGAGGAUGUCAGCAACGAGUUGGCUGACCUUGCCGAAGCAUACCGGGAAGGUUGGUCGAGUGGUAGCGAUGACUAUGACGACUAA